CCCCCCCCCCCCUCUCUCUCUCUCUCUCUCUCUCUCUCUCUGCCUGUGCAUUUGGGUGUGAGUAUUUUCUUGGCGAUUUCGUAAAUUAUAGAUUGCUGCUUUGCUUUGCUGCCCUCUUUAAUCCGCCUUCUUUCUUGUUCCCAGCAACGCCCAUUUCUUGUUCUCAUCUCUUCUUCCGAUCUCUCUCUCUCUCUCUCUUUGUGUUGCUUCUUUUUCUAGAGAGAAAAGCAGGGAGAGAAAGAGGGAUAGCCAUCCCGUGUUUCUUUCCUUCGAUCAUUUCUUGAAAAUCUUCCGCCAAACCUCUGGUUUUCACGUCUUCACCGCAGAUCCGCCGCCUAAUCCUCUGUCGCCCGCCUGGUCUGCCAAUAAGUCCUGUUCCGUUGAAGGCUUGUUUGGAACUAUAAGAGCUUGUGACCAAAGAGCACUGUAGCCCUAAUGCAAGGGCAGAGGAGUGCUAUAGGUUCCUUGCCUGAAACCUUAGGCUUUGAUCGUGGAUCUGCAUCAAGUGAUGCAAGUCUAGAUGAGCAGAUUUACUGGAAUAAUGUGCAGAAUUCGGCGCAUAACGUACUGCCAGACUAUAUAACAUCUACCGGCGGUACUUAUCCAACCUCCAUUAGUCAAGAAGGACGGAACUUGAGUGGUUGGUAUGUAGGUGAACCCAGUUCUAGUGGCACACAAAGCCAUGUUAGUCUUGAUGAACGAAGAGUAGAACAUGGAUGGUCAUCAUCAAGGGUUACUUGUGGUGCAGCUGGUCCCAUGUCAGAAGCACAGCAAUAUGGACCAGCUAAUAUGAUGAACAGUGUUAGUGUUAACCGCAAUAGCAGACAGAUACCAAAUGCACCUCUGUUUGUCCGAAGUUCUAGUAAUGCUACUCAAGAUAUUGACAUGAAUUCUUCAGCACCUGUAGGACAUCAUGAUGGCUGUCAAAUCAUGGACUCCACUAAUGCAUACAAGUUUGAUGAAUCAGAAAAUGCAAGGAUGCCAACUGCCAGUAGUUCCUCCGAUCCUUUUGGAUUGCCUUCUGGCAGUGUUGGGUAUUUGGCAGAAGAAAAUGAGGGAAGGCCAGGGUUAUCAUUGGAGGGUCGCCGCUUAUCCUGUAAAAGAAAGGCUCUUGAAGGAAAUACUGGGCAAUCUUCCAUGAGUGGAAGUUCAAGCUACUUUCAAGCUGCACAAAAUAAUGUUUGGCACACUGUUCCUGCACACGCUGUUCCUGCUCAAUACAAUGCUGCAAGCGGUUUGAGUAUACCCACUCCAUCAGAGAACAGAGUUCAUUUUAACCCUUCUGAACAGAUGAAUGUGAGACUUGGACUUGGUGCUGGAGGAACUACUCCUGGAAGUCCCCUCCCUUUAAAUGUGGCAGAAAAUGCAGAAAAUUCCCAGAGAAAUUACCGCGUGAGAAUAAAUCCUUUACGUCAACCAGAAGAUUCUAUCCCCGUUAAUGUAUUUCCAACAGGAAGCAAUGUCAGGCAUUCUAAUGUGUUGUCAGCACAGCAGCAAUCACCAGUACUUGUUUCGCUCAAUAACUCAGUGGACAUGAGGCCACCAUCUGCAGCGGAAAAUAUGGGCCCUCAAAGCCAACCCCUUGUAUUGCAUCCUCCUACUCUGCGACGAACCCCUCCGUCAUCCAGGUGGAAUGCAGCUUCUAGCUCUAGAACUGGGCGGUCAUCAAGCUCUGGAGAAGGAGAUGCCAUGCUGCAUGAGGUAGCUGACCCACUUAACAUGCCAAGAAACAUUUCAGAACAUCCUGUGUUCACAUCUUCGAAUGGAAGGAGAAAUUCAGCUCAAAAUUCAACCACUUGGAGUUUAGCAGGUGGAAAUGCAAGUAUUGCUGGAAAUAUUGCUUCUACUUCUCGGACAGGUUCAAGUUCAGUUGUCCAACCGUUACCUGGUCCAACUUGGAUUCCUCAUCGUGCGUCUAGGCAAUAUCCACGGAGAUUGUCUGAAUUAGUGCGCAGGUCACUUCUAUCUUCUGCUGGCCCUGUGUCUGGAGGUCAGAGCAGUAGUGGUCCUCCAGUACAACCAGUACCUUCCUCACAGUCGCAAGAAAUGGCACUCCCAUCUGGAGUAGGCAACCAGGGCCAUGGUCAUCUAUCAAACUCAAGGUCUGCAAUUUUGUUGGAGAGACAACUAGAUGGUGCUUUUGGUGUUUCCUACUCAUUACGAGCUUUGGCUGCUGGCAGUGAAGGAAGAAGCCGUCUUGUAUCUGAGAUUCGCAAUGUUUUGGAUCUCAUGCGUCGGGGCGAAGGCUUGCGGUUUGAGGACGUAAUGAUCCUCGAUCAGUCUGUCAUUUUUGGAAUGACUGAUAUCUAUGAUAGGCACAGGGAUAUGCGGCUUGAUGUUGAUAACAUGUCUUACGAGGAGUUACUAGCACUGGAAGAGCGCAUUGGAAAUGUUAACACAGGUUUGAGCGAAGAAACCAUUUUGAAACAUCUGAAGCAGCGGAAGUACUUCUCUAUAGCAAUGGGUUCGCCGCUGGAGGUGGAACCGUGCUGCAUAUGUCAGGAGGAAUACAACGAUGGAGAUGAUGUGGGAACCCUGGAGUGUGGGCAUGAAUUCCACCGGGAUUGCAUUAAACAAUGGCUGAUGCACAAGAAUUUGUGCCCCAUUUGUAAAACGGCUGCCAUGAAUAAAUGAGAGAAUACCAACUGUUAUUGCUUCAGUGUUUUUAUUUAUUUAUUAUUUCUUUUUUUUCUUUUUUUUGGGGGGGGUGGGUGGGGGGAUCUUUAGCUCAUUUGUUGACUUGAUCCACUGGUAAUAACAAUUGCCAAAGAUUCAUCAGUGGUUCUCAUUGGCUUAUUUACGUUUUUUUAUCUCCUUGCAGACAAUUACAAAGUUAGAACUUACCUUCAAUCUUUGUUUUAGUUUACUUCAUCUUUUUGCUGUGUUGGGAUGUUUAGUUAUCAAUCAUUUGUUGUCAAGACCUAUACACUUUCUG